AUGGCCUCCGACCGCCUGUUCGACAUCGAAACCAGAAUGGCUUCUACCAACGAGACCAAGCACGACCCGAUCAGCAAGACGUUCGCCUUUUCCAAAUCCGACUUCGACUGGGACAACUACGCCCGCUGCCGUCCCGUCUACCCCGAAUCCCUCUACCAGGAAAUCCUCGCGCACCAUGCCGCCCACGGCGCGGGCUUCCAGAGCGCCCACGACAUGGGCGCCGGCUACGGGCUCGUGACGCGGGAUUUCCUCUCCCGGCACUUCAACCACACCUGGACCAGCGAUCCCGUCGAACACAACCUAUCAGCCGCGCGAAAAAAUCUGAAAGAGCUGGACGCCAGCGGGAAGAUCACCGUCGUGCAGGCGGCGGCGGAGGAUGACUGGCUGCCCAAGGCGAGCGUGGACCUGGUCGCGGCCUUCACCUGUCUGCACUGGGCGGACGAGACGAAGUACAUCCCGACGAUCGCGGCACAGCUGAAACCGGGCGGCUCUUUCGUCGCGGUGGUGUAUUGCUGUCCGUUCAUUCUGGAUAACCCCGAAGCCGACGCCCUCUGGAGUCGCAUCUUCCACCGAGGAGGCGACGUCUGGAUUCGGGAGGCGCCGAAGGCGAUGGAGAGGUUUCAGGAAGGCUUGAAUUCCACCGUUCCUCUCCCGACGGAUCUGUUCCUGCCUGGUGCGAAGCGGGUGCGGUACAAUGCGGAAUUAUUGGAGGAGAUGGGUGACCACCGGGACCCGGAGUUCCCUUUGAAGUUUGGCAAUCUGUUCUCCAAGGAGCACGUUCUCUCUUCCACGAAAGUCGGCAAGGAAGACGUGUGCGAGACGCGGACGAAUAUCGAAGACUGGAGCGUGCAAGGGGCGGAUAUUCAGUGGUUUCGGGGUCUGAUGGAUACGUUUCAGAUUUUGAACAUGGCACUGUUUGAGGAGGAUCUGAAAGAGUUGGAAGAGGUUUUGAAGAAGGGGGAUGGGAAGGGGAAAGUGACGGUUUGUUGGGUUGUAGAUGUUGUUCUUGCGACCCGGAAGAUGGGUUGA